AAAAUCUUGCUAAUAAAAGUAUGCACAGUUGGUACAAAAAUAUCAGUCUCUCCACCUACAGAAUAUUUAAAAUAAUUAAUGCAGAAUGGAAAAACAACCAAACUUUGAAUCAUAAACCCCACCAUAUAAUAAGCCCAACACCUCAUCAGUUACAUAACUUUUGCUUUCUUGUUUUCUCAUUCUCAUUCAUUCUCUUCUCCAUCACUUUAUCCCAUACCAAAACCAGUGUUGUAGAAUAUGAACACAAACUCCACCGACACAAAUUUAAUCAACAUUUACAACUACUCGGAGAAUCUUAUCCCGAUGCUCACUCCGUCGUACAACACUCUCUUCUUAGGAGAUAACCGCCGUCAAAAAAUUGCCGACAUGCUAUCAAACAGCAACAGCAACGUUGUUUCGUACCCAAGAGACUGGACAAAUAACUAUCAUUUCGCUCACCACCAAAACACCGACAUCGACAAUCUUAUUUCUCAACAGAUGGAAAAGGUUAGAAUGGUACUGGAAGAAAAGAGAAAGAGAGAAACAAUGAUGAUAGUUGAAGCAAUAGAGAUUGAAAUGAUGCAGAAAAUGAAAGCCAAAGAACAAGAGAUUGAAAAAGUCAAAAGAAUGAACACGAUCCUUGAAGAAAGAGUUAAAACACUUAUAAUGGAGAAUCAAAUAUGGCAAGAGCUAGCCCAAAACAACGAAGCCACAGCUAAUGCUCUCCGGAACAAUCUGGAACAAAUACUUAGAGAGAUGAAGAACGAUACUGUAGCGGAGGAAGAGGAUGCAGAGUCGUGUUGCGAAAAUGAGUGGCGCACGGUAGUGUUGUGUGCGCAGGAUAAGGAAGAUGGAGAAUGUGGUAGUAGUUGUUGUUGUGAAAAGAAGAGAUGGUGUAAGAAUUGUGGAGAAAGAGAAUCGUGCGUGCUGAUCUUGCCUUGCAGACAUCUCUGUCUGUGUACUAUGUGUGGGGUUACGCUCCAUACUUGUCCUAUCUGUCAAUCUUUCAAAACCACUACUCUUAAUGUUAAUUUGUGUUAAUUAUCCACCCACGUCAAUUAGGAGAUGCUAAUUUCUUUGUUAAAUACUUCUAGUUUCUGAUAUAAAAAUGUGAAGAAUUCUCACCAUAAACACCACAAUGAAAGGAAUCUGCGAAUUUUGGAAUGGCUUUUUGUAAAUCUUUUGCAGGAUUGUAUUAUGUAUCCGCCUCGACCUUUGUGAUUUUUGAUAUGUACAUGUCUAUGCAACAUUCAUUGGGAUUA